AUGGCUGUUUCUGAAUAUGGCGUUCUUGUAGAUCAAAGAUAUUUCGAAUCAAAACAAAAUCAUACGCAUUCCAAUGUCGUUAAUAAGUUUCAAUUAAUUGGUUUAUCUAUUUUGGUAGUUGGUAUAGUCUUCAAAGUAAACUUUGACCCUAUUAAAGAUGCCUUGGUCAAUGAAAGCGGAAGCAGUGACUUUAAUUUAGAUCAAGCUGGUAGUACGUUAGGCAUAGGUCUUAUCAUAUUGGGCGUUAUUAUAAUUUUGGUGGCUUUACUUGGUUGUAGUGGAGCUUGCUGUAAAUCGAAGGUUCUUUUGGUCAUUUAUGCUCUAAUUGUAAUAAUAAUUUUGAUUGCGGAAAUUGCCGUGGUUGCUGUUGCACUUAUUAAAGGAGGGGAUGCAAAGGACGUGUUACAGAAAGGUCUGCUGAAAUCACUGGAGAAAUAUAAACCAAACAGCGAAGACUCCCUUUCUAAAUCGUUUAAUGCUAUCUGGUCAACGUUCGAAUGUUGUGGCGUAUAUAACUACACUGACUUUAAGAGUGGUCGAGUGGAAGGUUUUAAAUUUCCCCCAAAAAACAUACCAGAACAGAUUCCAAUUGGUUGUUGUAAAAAUUUUGAUUAUGAAAAUGCAGAAAAGGCAAAUUAUACGGACCACAUAGUAUGUUUGACCACUCCAACCGAAAAAAAUGCAUACAUAGAUGGAUGUUACACAGCUCUACAAGAUUCCAUCUCUCAUUACACAGCAGUAGCUAUUGGUGUAGCUGUAGUAAUUGUUCUUAUUGAGAUCAUUGUUAUUUUGGCUGCCUUCUGUUUAUGCUGUAGAAGUGAUGACUACCAAGCAUAAUUUUCAUUUUUUUGCUUUUUUAACCAUUCAUUUUGUAACAGAUCGUAGUUAUCAUCGCUGCCUUCGUCUUGUGUUGUAGAAAAGAUGAAUUCGUAUAAACCGGCCAACUGACAGAAAGUGUUCCUUAAAAACUUUCUUGUAAAUAUCAAAAUACAACUUCAUUUCAUUCGACUCUAUAUUUUCUUAACCUCAUAAUAUUUGUGUUUCUCAGAAUAAUUCAAAUUCUUGUUCACUCAUGUGAAACCUUUCGUUACCCGCAACUGUAUGAAGCUUUGUGUAAAAUAAGUGUUCUAAAUUUUGUGUUUGAUAACUUUGAUUGCAAUAUUCGAGGAUAAUAUUGUAUAAAUAGAAAGAGAAUCCAAUUCAUGCCUUGUUAUACAGGGAUCAGAAGUUAACCUUGAACAAGAAGUACAAGCGGUUGUAGUCAAAUCCAAUGUAAAGUUAUAGUCUUCAUACUUACAGUAAUACAAAUAAUUCGAUCAGCCUAGGUAAAUGAGACGGACCCGAUGAAAUUUCCAAUUGUCAUUUUUCACUGGUCUCCGACAAUUAAUGUACAGUACUGUAUUUGGAAUUACGUUUUCGAGGCAGGCUUCGUGUACAAAGAUGGGGACAACGCCUUUUUAUUCCACAUUCGACGAUUAGAAGUUGCGAAAUACAUUACGUUUGUCGAUUUGGUUUGCAAUUUUGACAUUAUGGAUAGAUAUUUUGUUUAGGGAAUGAUGUUAAAUUUAAGACUGAUCAAGUAAUGUUCUCCUUUAAUUGUUGCUUGUAUAAUUAAUUUUGUCUUCGCUAAUUAAGUUUUACUUUGUUAAUAUUUGUUAAGAAAUUGUUGUAAUUGUAUUUUGUAAUAAAAGUAUGCAUAU